AUGCGUUCUCACAAUGCCUUGUUGCGCGGUGCGCUCACGCUUGUAGCUAUAGCGUCCUGUCUCGUUAUCCUCCUGGCAGUUUUCCACAUCAAAUUGGCAGACGGUCUGUCCAUUGUACCGGUCCAAGAACGACCAUUCUUCUACGAGCAAAAACCACACCACCAAUCGCCGACAAAGGACGACAAGCAACCCUCCCCCGACGAAGACGAUGCCGAAGCAUACCUCGAGCAGGGUGAACAACACCAAGAACACGAUUAUCGCCUUCUUACAAGCUUGAGGAAUAACAUGGGCUUUUACAACAAGAUCGAUGCGAAGUUGACAGGGCACCAGCUCAUGAACCCGACGCUUCUUGAACUCCCUCGCAAUGGCAACAACACCCACGACUUUCUCAUCAUUGCGCGCGCACCCCACGUAUUUAAAAAGAUUAAUGACAAGCGAUACAAACUUGCUCGUCAGGUUGCGACAUUUGCGAACCUUACAUAUAACAACCUAGGCCGUCCGGUGCUCAAGACAGGCAAGUGGUCAAGACUCUUGGUCAAUGACUUUGGCGGCCCGGAACAUCACUGCCAGAAACAACCCGACAUGGAUCGUUACAUUGGUCCCGAAGAUAUGAAGCUAUUCUGGACUCGGGCUGGUGAACCGCUUCUCAUCUUUACACACCAAGUCAAUGAUGAAGUCCUGUGCCAGGGUCAGUUCAUCGUCGAUGUUCGCGCUACCAUGCCCGAGCUCGAACAAGCUCUUGGACCCGAGACGACAGCCCUUCUACCGCCCGUCCGUUUCAGCGAACCAACUCUCCUUCGUCGCGAAGCCCCAGAAGGACAAGAAACACACCCUCGGUUCCAGCGCGAAAAGAACUGGGCGCCCGCUCAAUCACCCUUCAGCAGCGACGAUGAGCUUCUCCUCAUGGUGGAACCAGCCCAGCUUUACCGCUGGACAUCAAAAGAAGAUCCGGUCCAGCCCAUCGUCAGCGACAAAGACCAGAUCUCAGUUGUCCAAGAGCCUUACCCACCAAACGCUGCGCCCGGAGCUACAUGGCACGCCCGUCUUAGACAGACGUGUAUGCACGAUGUGAUGCUGGAUGACCAGCACGUCCACCAGAGCUCUCCAAUGCUGAGCAUCACCCUCUGCAACAGAGGAACAUGCGAGCCCAGCGAGCAGAACACUGUGAUGGUGGGCAUCGUGCAGCGACGCCAGGACCCGCCCAUGUCGCCGUUUACGUGGUACGACCGACGGGUAGCGGUAUACGAGUCUGCGCCGCCGUAUCGAAUGAUCAGCGUGAGCAAGAAGCUGACAUACCACGGAGAGUCAGAUGGACGCUACGUCUGGACUGGGUCGAUGGUCUACUAUACGAACCAAACACGAUUCCCACCAUCAAACCAUGGCUUUUUGGAUGAUGAGGUGUGGUUGAGCUUUGGCAUCAAGGAUGCAGCUGCUGGGUGGUUGGAUGUGCGAGCCAGAGAUUUGGUGGCUGAUCAUUACCUGUGUCAGGGUGCUUCAGAGGGUUACAGGCGUUAUAGACAGGGCAUUUCGGCAUAA